GAAGUCUUAACCAUUUCUAUCUCUGACUAUUUGUUGAGAUCAUUUCAGUACGAUCUAAUAUGUACAGGUUUUUUUUGUUAUCCCUGUUUCUCACAGUGCAGUUCACUGCUACACUAUCUGACACACCACAUCAGAUCGUGACCAAAUACAAAAACUAUCACACAAUAUGCACUGGCCUGGGAUACAGAGACAAACCUUGUGCAAACAGGGGUGUUGUCGCAUUCCAAGCCUUGCUUCAGAAACACAUAUCUAAUCUUGGAAAAUCCCAGCCGGUUAUAUUUGACACAUUGAAGCUAAAUGAAGGAUCAGGAUAUGACGUAAAAACAGGAAAAUUUACUGCUCCGGAGGAUGGGGUGUACUCCUUUAGCUGGAAUGUUCUGGUUAACUCGGGAAAAGAGUUUCAUACGGAGAUUGUAAAGAAUGGUGAUGUCGUUGCAAAGAAUUACGCUGAUGGUACAAUAGUGAAGAGUGGCUAUCACCUGACGAGCUCGUCCACGGUCAACAUCAAAAUGAAGAAAAGAGAACAGGUGUGGAUAAGAGCACACCACAAUCACAGACGAUACAUGCACGGCGAGUUUUAGUCAUAUUUUUCUGGCUUUAAACUGUAGUCAUUAAGUUUAAUUCGACAAUAAAGGUAUGCGAAUCACUUGGAAAUAAAUUGCCUUUUUUCUUUUGAUCACUGUGUUGCAGCUAAAAUGGCAUGCUUUACAUUAAAACGUUUUGGAGGUUAAAGCUGACAUAAACUAAUAUAUAUAGUAGAAUUCUAUGUGUCCGCCAUAUUUCACUGCUUAUCCACCAUAUUAGUUGGACGUUCUAUUGCUAUAUGUUUCAGGGUUCGCAGGGUAUAUAAGGGCACGAGUUUUGCUACGCUUCACUUCACGUCAGUGUCUUCGAUUUACCUGUGCGGGUAGCUUCGACAGGUAACACGUACAUCUCCGAUACGUAAUUGUUAUCUUUUAGCAUCCGAGUGAUAUUCACAUUAUCACAUUAUCAUAUUAUUAAAUAGAUGGGCGAACCUUCUGUCACGAGUGCGCAUGAAAACAUACAUACAUGUUGUAAGUAAAUACCUGCAGUGUAUCAAUGUGUUUUAUGAGAUGAUGUGGAAAAUAUAACACCAUAUGUAUGCAAACAUUGAUAUAUAUACACAUAAUAUACAUUUUUAAUUUUUGAAAAUAACUGACUGUCUACGCAUUAAUGAAGAAUACAAAUACUUUGCAACCUGGAGAGGAUAAUUUGAAAUUAGCAUGUAUAAUACAUCCAUAUCUAACCUUAACGGGACUGAUUCACGAUUUCCCCCCAAAUUUUGUUUUUCACUUUUAAUGAUAAAAAUCUAAUGUGUAAUGUGUUUAAAAGAUUUCACAUAAAAAUUAAGGUGAUACAUCAUCACAGGAGCUGAUUUUAGAAAGUAUAUUAUUUGUUAUGUAAACAAAGGUUAUGGUAUGUUAUUGUUUACGAAAUUUUCAAAAGGAAUGGAUAUCGAUCCAAGUUUAUUAUAUCUUUCACAUUUCAAGCAUUUGUGGGGUACAUGUAAAAGUUAAAAUUUGUGACUAUGCAAAAUGAAGAUGCUUUAUAUUACAAAUUCAAUAUUUCACUUGUUUGUUUGUAUACAUAAAAAGACUCGAGUCUUUGUUUACAUAACACAGAUUUAAGGCUAAAUAUUGCUUUUAUUCUUGCAUUCAGAAGGUCAAAAUUUUGGCUGUAAACAUUAAAUGAGUUAUGUUUUUAAUGUUUACGAUCAAAAAUGAAAAACAUUUUUAUGAAAAAUCGUGAACCAAUCCCUUUAAGGUAAUUCCCCAUACCAUGUCAAAUAACGUUAUUCACGAGUCACAAACGCCAUCACACAUUCGACGAACCCGAUGACAUUUUGGUGAAUUUUGUAGACCGUAUUAGGACUGAUUCUCUUCUAUACAUUAUGAGGACGUCCUCACUAAACAGUUUGCAUCGUCCAGAGAGAGAGAGAGAGAGAGAGAGAGAGAGAGAGAGAGAGAGAGAGAUGUGUCUGACAAUAUAGAUAAUUCAUGUUGCUUUUGUUGUAGGGUCAUUCUGCUGAUCUUCUUGUUGUUAGGUCUUGUACAGCGCAGAUUUGUUUGUGACAUCAGAUUAUAUUAUAUUACGUCUGAUAGCCGCCGUUUGGACACUCGUGAAAACCUCGAGAAACAUCCAACUUUCCUCUUUAUUUUUCAAUAUUUUUUGUGUAACAGGUUAGGAAAAAAUGCAACGGACCAAA